AUGAAUGAUGGAGUCCGGCUGGAUCUUAAUCCAAAGAAUGGUACUACCGAGAAAUAUGGAAUAAAACGCAGUGAGAACGAAGAGGGUUUGAAGGAAUAUAAAUCUUACAAAUAUUCCAAGCACGAUUCCGGAUCCUUCAUUCUUUCUUCCCUCUCCUACGACAGAAAACCAUUACAAGGAAUACUGUCUUAUGCUCUACCGGUUACAUCUAUUACCACAUACUUUAACAAAGAUAGAAAAAAACUCUUAUUAAUACAGAUUGCUCUGCCUGGAGGUAAUAACUGGUAUUACACAAACCCAGAUACAAAGGAAAAUCCAGAAAAUCUAAUAUUAACAAAAUUUAUUCCUCAGAAUAAUGUGACACUUGAGAUUUCAGAUUUAAAAAAUAUACUCCAGACAAUAAAGACAAAUAAUGGAUUUAAUAUUCUUGAACUGUAUAGAAGUCACAGUAAAACCGCACAGAAACUUGUGAAAAAAAAUUACAUUAUAUUUGACCUCACUCAAAAGCCUAAUCCAGGUGGUAAAACAACUUAUAGCUCUGAGGUUACUAAUGAACAAGUAGCUGUAUCAGAAUCUAAAAGAAUAAAUGGUACAUAUCCCGAGGUUAAGCAUGAUCCAGGAUAUAGUCAAUUCAGAGUACUUGGUAUUAGACUUCCAGAUAAGAGCUACAUGAAAGUUGAUGGGUUUCCAGAUGGCCUUGUUGAAAAAUUCCAUGUUUACUAUGGAAGAUCCGAUCAAAAUUAUGGCGAUCCUCUUCUUGUAGAUUUAAAAUUAGUAGCUAGCAGCGUUUAUGAUAUCAGUUAUUUUCCGAGUAGGUAUUAUAUCACCAAAAAUACUCCAGAAGGGAAAUGGGACAUUCGCAAAAUAUUCUCAGAGAUAAAAGAAAAGCAUGCAUUCCCAAUUAUACUCCAAAACAUUGUUAGUUAUAAAAAACUUGAUGUUGACAAAUUAGAAAAUACUGAUGGGUUAAGGGAGAAACUUGGAGAUAUAAGAGGAGGGCUUACCAUUGACUUGACAAAGACUGAGGGAGCCGUUGGGAUAAUCCAAUACUACUCCUCUGAUGGAGUUUCUAUUCCUUAUAAGAAGGAGUCAUCUACGAAUACCUAUGUCUAUCAUUCUACAAGACACGCAUAUGGCAUACCUGGUUUUACUGUAAAAAAUAUAAAGACAGGUUCAGGUAAUGAUAUAACUGAAGAUAAGCUUCCCCCUUCUAGUACUUUACUUGGUGGGUUUUAUGCCAACUACAGUGGCUCAGGAUAUGAAAGAUUGCUUUUCCUUGAGCUCAUAUGUUUCCAUUAUCCUACUGCUACUGAAUUUCCUGUUUUUUUCUAUUACUACUCUAAAGAUGAGAACUAUCAAUGGCAAGGCUAUAUUCUAACCACAACAAUGAAUAAUAGUACAGCUGAUGUAGAAAGUGUCAUAGAGCAUAUUAAAGAAAAUUAUGGAAAGAUAAACCUUGAAAGGCUUGGAGAUAAACUCACCGGUAAACUUACCAAGUAUACACCAGAUACCUUAGAAGUUGAAAAGGAUGAAUCUAAAGGUAAAUAUACUGGACUUUCAACAGAAGCUAUAGCGGGAAUAUCCAUUGCGGGUGUCAGUGGAACAGGAAUUGCUGGUAUUACUAUCUGGAAAUGGCCUAGUAUAGUCUCAUUUCUAAUCACUCGUCUGUAA